AUACCUUCUAUUGACAUGACUAUUCUUGUGAGCAGAAAUAAGGUUUUCCCUGAAGAAGAAAUUUCUCUUCCUUGGAAGAAUGAGGAAGAACAGACCCCAGAGAAGAAACAUGAACCAAUGUUCAUAAACCCCAGUUACCAGGGCUCCAGGCGGGAAGGGCUAACUACCUGGAGUCCAUACAGAGCCGCAGACGAGGUGACACUUAUCUCCAUGCCAAAAACUGUGGUUCCUGAGGAUGAUAUGGAGAGAAAAAGUCAUCAUUCCAAGCGCCCCGCUGUGAACCUCCCUGACCCUGUGCCAAAGGCUUCCUAUACAACCGAGCCCCCCAAACCAAUCAUAUUGAGGAACUUCACCACAGAAAAGUCCUACUCAUCCAAACGCUCGUCAGACCCCAAACCCUACCUUCAAAACGGGUUCGGUUCUCGUGAAGAGUCAGACAUUGACAAACUGAAAUCUAGCUCCAUUAGUCAAAAUGACCCAGGUAGAGUUAAGUCAGCCAAUGGGGAUCUAUCCCAGAAGCCACCAAUCCAGCAUCAGAAACCAUUUAAACGCACCCCUGAGGGGGAAGACAUGACAGACAUUGUGUCAAAGAACAUUCACUCAGGGGAAACCCCUGAAAACACGAUAACUGCUGUAAGGAACGAGCUACAGAACAUUGUUCACCCCACAGUGGUGACCGUGAGUUCAGGGGGGUGGAUGGGCUCAUCUUCAGGGGGUAUGGCAGAUAUAGCAUGAGAGGGCACAGCUAGUACUAGAGUGCGUGACCAAGGUAGUAAACACCAUUCAUAUAUCACUGGUGGUAAAUGUCUUUACAGCAUCAAGUAUCAACAGAAAUGUGUUAUAUUGUCAGUAUUGGAAGCUUAAUUGAACGGAUCGUGUAAAAUUGUUUUCUUAAUUUAUCAUUGUAUCAAUAGAAUAAGAUAAUCUUCUUUGAUAUAUUUGUUUGUUUUAUUUCAAAUUGCAUAUUGUACAGUGGAAAACAUUCCUUUUACAUAUUUUGUACAGUUGUAAUACAUACUGUUGUAAAUUAAACUUUGUAAUUAGGUGAUGGCGGAGGGAUGUACAUUGUUGAAUUCAUUUAGUAAUUUAAUCAUAUUUUACAUGAACUUAACACAAACUUUCAUGUCUUUUUUGUGAAAUGACUCGAAAUUUCUUGACUGACAUAUCUCUUCUCAGAAAGAUAUACAAGUGUUAUAUAUUUAACUGUAUUCUUUCUAUCACAUUUUUACAAGUUUGCAUAACAUACUCUUAUUUUUGCAUUUAAUUAUACAUUUUAAUAAAUAUGACUUUAAAUUUUGCAAUUUACAUCUCUGUAUCGGGAAGCAUCUGUAAAAAGGUACAGUAACUUGAUUUAUUCCCUCUUUCACGUUUUAAUAAGUUUGCAUUGAGAAGUACACUUCUUUUUAUUGUUAAAUCAGCAUAUUUUUUUUAAUCUUUAUUAUGAAAAAGA